CUCACAUCAUAUCGGCUCAGCAAAACCACACCUGACAAUGACCGUUUAAACCUCAUCCUCACCGCCGUCAUCGUGAACAGCAGCUCGCUCGCGGCCUCGAUAACCGAGCCGUUGAAGCGACAAUGGCCGCCUCGUACGCCGACUAUGUUUGUACCGACUGCCAGCGGCUCGGCUUUGACGGCUCGUCCACUGCAACGGCCGGCUCGACGGCGUCCGUUGUCGCAUGCUCGGUAUGCGGCGCGAUUGACGAGCGCGCAACCUACAUCCGGAACGCGGCGCACACGUCACACAUCUUCGGCACGAUCCUUGAGCCCGACGGCUCGUCUGAGAUCCAGUUUGGCGAUCCAAGAGAGAAGAGACACGAGGCAUACAUCAAUAAGCUCCUCGAUAUCUACCUUGUGGACCCCCGGUCGCGGCUGGUGGAGCGCCCAGCCGGCCACUUCAUUCCUGGCGUUCGCAACUUGUACAAUCGGUUUCGAACAGAGCAGGCCCGGACCAAGGGUUACCUCCGCGUCCAGACGAGCAACGCUCCUCAGCAAGUCAAGUAUCACUUGGUAUCGGCUAUUCGACUGGUGAUUCUGCAAAGCAAUGUUGCGCUGGUCCACAGCCAGCUGGCACACCAUCGGACGGCAAUACCAUCUCUCGGCCCGCCUCUCGCGCGCGGGGAUGGCACUGUCAUGGCCCCGUCGCUACGAACAAUAUUGGCGCGAGCACAAGCCCUUGGCAGCGACCACCCUGGCUACCUCGAUCGAUUGACCUCUCUCAAAGCAGCCAGCAAACGAGUCGAGGGGCUGCUGCUACACCUCCCUACCACGAUCGAUGUGGUUUUAUCCCAGGUUCUUGUCCUUUCCAACCACCUCAAGUUGUUGGCUGGCCUUCCUGUGGCCAUGAGGAGGCGCCUCUUGUCCGUCAAUGCCCUCAAUGCAGAGGCCACUCGCUCCGGCAAGACCGCAGACACCGCCGGACCCGACGACCUGGUCCUCGACACUGAAUGCUGGGACUACAUGUCGGGUGUGACUUGGGAUGCGGUGCUCGAGAUGGCCUUGGGCCUCUACAAUGCCCAGCAAGUCGUCUCACUCUGGGGCAACCAAUGUUCAGUGGACGUGUCGUGUGCUCUCCUUGUUUGGGCGAUCCAAGCUCAACAAGCAAAACCAGUGCCCCAGGUGCUUGCAUGGGUCAGCGAGCUUGUUCACCCUCACCGUGGCAACGAGAGCGCUGUGUCACGCCGGCGAGCUGAGAUGAGGGAUAUGCUCGUCGCCUGGUCCACAUCUAUCCCAGAGGCAGGCCUGGACACGCCGUUGGUCGCUCCACCCGCGAGGGGGACUGUUGGCAACGGCUUGUCCGGGUGGGGGAGCGACAAGAGGCGCUCAAUUCCUGAGACGACCAUGGCAAUCGCGGCGGCGCCCGUCGUUGCCCGUCAUUGGCAGCGCAUCAUGGAGGCCAGGCUUCGUACUCGGUCAGAAGCUCUACCCUUGGACGAGGAAUUCACGACUGCUGCGCGAAUGUUCGCCACAGCCUUGAAUCGACAGCAGAAUCCCACGGGGCGGAGCCGGUCGCGUUCCAGAUCAGUGGUUUCGUCGCGGGCGUUAUCCAUGGCACCCUCGACACGGGCUCCCUCCAUGGCGCCCUCAACACGAGCUCCCUCCAUGGCGCCCUCAUCACGAGCUCCGUCUGUGGCACCCUCGCCGCGCGCCGGCUCCAUGGCCCCGUCCUCAGUCGCAUCGGAUUCAGAGGACGAACCCGACCACUCUCGAAAGCGACGUCGAGUUGGGGGUACCCCUGGCCCGCACUUUGUUCGGAUCAACCAACCGCCGUCUUCUCCAGCACCUCUGAUCAAGACCAACAAAGGAAUGACUCGCGAUGAGAUGCUGCGAAGGAUGAUGGGCGGGCCUUCUCAAACCCGGAGGCCAAAGUCGCCAACUAUCGAGGCUCUUCUGGCGGUUCCCGAAUGCUCUUCCGACGAGGAUGCCCUCGGCGACACUGAUGACGAGGAAUCGACUCCCUGGGAGCCUGGAACCACUGAGACGUCAGUCCAAAGUCCGGCCUCGGGGUCCAGGGAGGUUCGUUCGUCACAUCAGGUCGGAACGGCUUCAACCCGGUCGGUAGCUGAGGGGUUCAGCAUUGGACCCGGUGGCCUUUUGAUGUUUGAACCGCACACCUCCAGUGGUCAAAAUGGGCAGACGCACCCGGCUUCAUCGACACAGGCCCCGUCUCGAAGGCCACCGGCUUUGGCGACUACAGCUACUGCCAAUCGCACAUCUACGACAAGCAGCCCGAAGCACGUCCUCACGCCCGUCUCUGUGGACAUGCCGCAUUCGCCGCGAUCCACAGGUCGAUCAGAUGCCGUGUUACCAAGCAUGCCUUCGCCCUCUUUGUCUGCCUCGUCCCUACGAGACAUGAGCAGAUCUCCAUCCCUGUCCGCCGUGUCCAUUCCCGACGACUCGUUUGGGAUCGGGCAUACCGGAAUGCUCCUGCGCGAGCGUGAGCAAUAUAUUCGCUUCAGCCCAAACGAAGAGCGUCGCAAGGGCCGCACAGCGCCGAUUGAGGUCGAGCAGGCAAUGAAGGAAUGGGUUCGCCAAGCCAAAGCCAAAGGAGCGAUACCAGGUCAUAUCACCAAAGAGUACUUGGGCGCCCUGGGAUUCCAGGGGGACCCACAUCGAGAAGACCUCGGCCCCUUUGUUCAGCAGAACAAGUACAGGUGGUCGACCACCGAGUGUUUGUUGCGUCUCGGCCUCGCCCCCUUGGAGUUUCCACCUCACCUUGUGGUCCACUCUUUGAUCGAUCUUCACCAACAACUUGGACGGUAUCGCCUGGAAGACCAACUUGCUCCGGAGGGCAAACCCUUAAACUCGGACGAACUCGAGAAGGAGUUGGGUCUUCUCUUCAAGUACGGGCCUGAAAAGAUGUCCAGCAUUCUCGCGACAUCUGCAGAGGCCGAGGAGAAAGAACAGCAGCUCCUUGCCACGAACGUGUGGUCGUUCCCAAGGGGCGUGCCAGAGCACGCUACGGGACCUGCCAAAGGAGAUGACGUUGGCCCAGUCGCUGGAGAAGCCAACACGAGCGAUGGCGACGCUAGUGAUGCCGAGGACGAUUCGGCUGCGCUUGUUCCUCAAACUCGCCGCAACUACAGCGCACGAAUCAACUUUGACGCAGUUCGUAAGCUCAUGUUCCGCGGCGACUCGGAGGAGAACUCGGAAGGCGGUGAAGAAGACAAUCAAGACAUGGCGGGAAUCAACGACGCUCUGCAGAAAGCCGUCGGUGACACGGUUUUGGGAGCUUUUGGGGCCGAUAUCGGUCGAGAUUUGGACGGCGUGGAUAGUGAUGAGGAGGAGGGAGAGGGUGGGGAGUUAGACGUGUAG